CCGGACCGGAAGUGACGCGAACGAGUUCCGGUUGGCCGGAGCCCAGCGGCGGGUGUGAGAGUCGGUCAGGAGCCGCUUCCAGGAUCCGGAGAAGCCGGGGUCGGGGCGGCUCCUCAAGACUGAUCUAUGAAAUGGCAGAGAAUGGAAAAAAUUGUGACCAGAGACGUGUAGCAAUGAACAAAGAACAACAUAAUGGAAAUUUCACAGACCCCUCUUCAGUGAAUGAAAAGAAGAGGAGGGAUCGGGAAGAAAGGCAAAAUAUUGUCCUUUGGAGACAGCCACUUAUUACCUUGCAGUAUUUUUCUCUGGAAAUCCUUGUAAUCUUGAAGGAGUGGACCUCAAAAUUAUGGCAUCGUCAAAGCAUUGUGGUGUCUUUUUUACUGCUGCUUGCUGUACUUAUAGCUACGUAUUAUGUUGAAGGAGCACAUCAACAGUAUGUGCAACGUAUAGAGAAACAGUUUCUCUUGUACGCCUACUGGAUAGGCUUGGGGAUUUUGUCUUCUGUUGGACUUGGAACAGGGCUGCACACCUUUCUGCUUUAUCUGGGUCCACAUAUAGCUUCAGUUACGUUAGCUGCUUAUGAAUGCAACUCAGUAAAUUUCCCUGAGCCACCCUAUCCUGAUCAAAUUAUUUGUCCAGAUGAAGAGAACAUUGAAGGAACCAUUUCUUUGUGGAGUAUCAUCUCAAAAGUUAGGAUUGAGGCCUGCAUGUGGGGUAUCGGCACAGCUAUCGGAGAGUUGCCUCCAUAUUUCAUGGCUAGGGCAGCUCGCCUUUCAGGUUCUGAACCAGAUGAUGAAGAGUAUCAGGAAUUUGAAGAGAUGCUGGAACAUGCAGAGACUGCACAAGACUUUGCCUCUCGGGCUAAACUCGCAGUUCAAAACCUAGUACAGAAAGUUGGAUUUUUUGGAAUUUUGGCCUGUGCUUCAAUUCCAAAUCCUUUAUUUGAUCUGGCUGGAAUAACAUGUGGACAUUUUCUUGUACCUUUUUGGACCUUCUUUGGUGCAACCCUGAUUGGGAAAGCAAUAAUUAAAAUGCAUAUCCAGAAAAUUUUUGUUAUAGUAACAUUCAGCAAGCACAUAGUGGAACAGAUGGUGGCUUUCAUUGGUGCUGUCCCCGGCAUAGGUCCGUCUCUGCAGAAGCCAUUCCAGGAAUACCUGGAGGCCCAGCGGCAGAAGCUUCACCACAGAAGCGAAAUGGGCACACCACAGGGAGAAAACUGGUUGUCCUGGAUGUUUGAGAAGUUGGUCGUUGUGAUGGUGUGUUACUUCAUCCUGUCUAUCAUUAAUUCCAUGGCACAAAGUUAUGCCAAACGAAUUCAGCAACGGUUGAACUCAGAGGAGAAAACUAAAUAAGCAGAAAAAAGUUCUUAACUGCAGAAAUUAGAAUGGAUGGGUUCUGCCUUAAAGUGGGAAGAAUCCAAGCCAGGAAGGAAAAUUCCCUUUUCCAAUCUGUAUCAGUUUAAAAACUUAAUUCCUGAAAGCAGUUUAGCCCAUAUUUUGCACUGGCAUACUUGUCCUUUGUUUGUUAAGGUAAGAUAUCCACCCUCAGUUCAGUCCAUGUUGUGUUUUAUCUGGGUGGAAUGUGACGUUCAGCCACAAACUUAACAGAAACUGGCCUGCUGUUCUUUACCUUCAAAAGGCCCAUGUGGGACAAUUAGAGAAUUCCCACCACGUACAAAAAAGUUCCUAAGUCUGUUAAAUAUGUCAAGCUUUUUAGGCUUGUCACAAAUGAUUGCUUUGUUUUUCUAAGUCAUCAAAAUGUAUAUAAAUUGUCUAGAUUGGAUAACAGUCUUGCAUGUCUAUCAUGGUACAAUUUAAUAUGCCAUCCUGCCCAACCCUUCCUCUCCCACCCUCAAAACAGGGCCAUUUUAUGAUGCAUUGCACACCCUCUGGGGAAACUGAUCUUUAAAUUUUAAGACAGUAUAAGGAAAAUCUGGUUGGUGUCUCAAGAAUGAACUGACACCAUUUUUUAUUCUGUAUAUUUAGAAUGAAGUCAUGAAAACACUUUAUAAAGACAUCUUUGAUCAUUCCAGAAUCGUGUCCGUUUUCUUGAGAGCAUUUUAAUUUUUUUUUUUUUUUUUUUUUUUACCUUUUAGCUAAUACCAAGUGUGUGGCAGCUUACCAAAUCCACCUACAACCAGCAUUUCUUAAGCCUUCAUUUGUUUGCUUGAAAGAGCCCCCACCAAGGCCUCUGUCUUACUGGAACUGGGCAGCUCCCUCUGAUAAAAGGCACCUUUGGGGCUGGCUUAGCCUGGGGAUUGCUUGGUUUGUGAAAAUAGGAGAGGAGGGGUGAUAGCAAAGGACCUGGGAGAGAGAAAAUCCUUUUUUUCUUUUUAUAUAUUUAUUUAUUUGUGGGGUGGCACUUUGUCACUCAUGUGUUAAUUUUAGCUAGCAUGUUUAACUUGUUUAACAUGUUCUGGUUUAACAGAAAUUCACUCUUUUACAUGACCCAAUUUACUUUUCUCUUAAGUGUUUUACAUGGGCUCUUUUUCCCCUUUGGGAUGUUUCUAAUCGAAUUUAUUCAGUUUGCUUUGGGAGGAAAAUAAACAGUUUCACCUCUUUCUUUUAGGAAAAUUGAUAUUGACAUUGUGUCAAAAUAGGAUAGUAUUGGUGUUAAAUCUCAACAGGCCACAAAUGCUUGAUUUAUUUUACCAAAUCCUGCCUGAAUGUCUGCUUGUUUUGCUACCGUCGUGACAUCUCCAUGGCUGUACCACUUUGUCGGAUAGCUUAUCAGACUGAUGUUGACUGUUGAAUCUCAUGGCAACAGCAGUCGAUGGGCUGUCUGACAUUUUGGUAUCUUUCAUCUGACCAUCCAUAUCCAAUGUUCUCAUUCAAACAUUACCCAACUUCAUGGUUUACGAACAAAACCUCUGGUCCUUAUGUCUAAUGGCCGUUUGAGUUCUUUAUGGUAUGGUAUUGUAGCAGUAUCAAGAGAAGAUUAUAUGGAAACUUUGGAUAGUCUCCAUGAUCACAACCAAAUAAAGGACAAGUGACCUGCCUUGUUGGUUUUGCAAAAGGUUAUUAACUUCCCUAACAAUGUUUGUUUUUUUUCUCCAGGGACUUUCUAGCAGUGUGACUGUUACUUUUCCUUACUUGAGUAGUACCCAUUUGCUUUAUUUUAAAUAGAUUCACAUUAACCAACAUCGUUUUUUAGAUUCUUUGGGGUUGGUGUAAGUUCCUAUGUCAGCCUCCAGUUGCGUUUCAUCUCCUUCACCUGCAUUUUAUUUGGUGUUUGUCUAAAAAAAAGGAAAGAGGAAAGCAAAUGAGAAUUGCACUAAAUCUUUAGGGUUUAUUAAUAAAUUUGUUUUAGAGCAGGAUAUUAGAAAAAGAAACAACUUUGUUAUGGGCUCACAGACUUUGUGAUGAAUACAUUUGAUUUAUAUACUGUCUUUCACGUGAAUUUCUUUGAAAAGAAAUGAAGAUGAGCUCUCCUCCUUCCCUCCAGUAAAUGUUCAGGCUUGGCUUGCUCAGAUCCCGGGGCAGUGUGAUGCCCUUCUCGUCCUGUGAUUUGUCUUGUCUGUUGCUCUCUUGAAUCUCCCAAAGUAGACACAACUACAUGAUUCCAAAGGUAUACCUAGCUGUUUCCAGCUGAGGGGAGAACAGAAAAUUUGCAAGUGAAUAGUUUGGUGUUACUGUAGAUAACAAGAGGACUUGGGAAUUCUUGUCACUAGGAACCCACUGUGUAUAAACCUCGAUUACUUACACACCUCAGUGACUGUCAGCCAGUUACAUAAGUACAUCAGCAGUAUACACACAGGAACACUGAGAAGCAGCCCUCUAACUAGAGAAUGUAACAAGGGGAUGAGUGCAUCUCCGGCUUUCCCAUAGUUGUAUAUAAUCUGUAUAUAUUGCAUAAAAAGGGAGAUGUUUGCCUUUGUUUGUAUGAAGUCUCAUUGUGUUAAUAGUGCAGAAAAAGGCAAGACUGAAAUAAAGUUUCUUAAAUAGACUUAUGGAAGUAGAGCUACCAAAGUGUAUCCCACAGUGAGUGCUCCCACACAAGCUCAGCCUUUGUCCCCAGUGCACUCUGGACAGCACCAGGCUUCUCUGUUUUCCCAUUCAAUUGCCACUCAGUCAGUACAGAUAAUGCAUUAGGCUGCAUGAAAUAACCAGCCACCCUCCUGUACCCUGAUGUGAACUGUGUUUAGACUGGCCCAUGUUUAAGGAGUUCAGAGGCAUUGCCAACAUUUCAGUGUGAGAGAGGCUCUUCAUACUUGGAUUUUAAAACACAUUUGCCUCUGUGCAAUAGUCUGUUAAUGUCAGGCUUCUUCCACCUCUUCUAUUUGUGUGUAACCUGAGAAUAUUUUUGGCUCUGAGCCUAGAUUUCUUUCAAGUAUAAAAUCAGAUACAUGGACAAGUUGUCUAAGAAAUAAAUCACCUGACAUGGACUGUUAGUAUAUUCUCAAUUUUUGAUUCAUCGGGAUUGAGUUUCUGAUAAACAUGCAAAGUUUUCACAACAUUACAUUCACUACUGCAGAAAGAAAAAUGUUUUUAAAUGUUCUCAGCAUAUGAGAGCACUUCAAAAAGUUCAUAGAAAAAUGGAAUUAAGUGAUAAGCUUAUGUUGGUAGAAAAACAUUCUGAAAUUCAUGUGUAGUUUUUUUUUCACAAUAUGCAUUUUCCAUUACCUUUUCCAAGCCCUCAUAUGCAUAGCCUUCAAAUUUUUUUGCACCAAAACAAAGUUAGCCUCUAUUCCAUUUUCCCAUGAGUUUUUCAAGUACCCUACUAUGUGCUCUUGCUUUAGAGUGGAUACUCUUUUGGGCUUUUGGAGUAAAUGGAGAAGAGCAUUUACUGAAGUUUUUUUAAUAAUCCAAAUUUAAACAAAUGAAUGACUUGAUUAAGAACAUCAAAAUCUUACUUAAAUUAAGAGUAAGCCCCCAGGUAGCCUACCCAAGACAACAUGAAAGCAUAAAUAUACAAAAUUUAGCAUGAAAUAACUGAAGUAAUUUCCUGAAGCAGCCAGUAGGCAUGGCAAUUAAGAUGCCCCUUGGGACACCCCCAUCCCACAUAGGAGUGUCUGGGUUCCAGUCCUGCUCCACUCCAGAGAUUCCAGCUUGCAAGGAAGCAGCAGAUGUUGGCUCAGGUCCUUGGGUGAGGAGACCCUGAUUAACUUCCUGGUUCCUGGCUUUGUCUAGCCAAGCCCCAGCUAUUGCAGGCAUUUAGGGAGUGAAGCAGCAGAUGGAAGAUCUCUCUCUCUUGGCCUUUCAAAUAAAUUUUUAAAAAUUAUUCUUAAAAUAAUAAAAAUGAUUUCCUAACUUCACAUUAAACUGACAUUUUCUAAUUUCAUUAUAAAUAUGUAUUUUGAAAUGUCAAAGUACCCUAUAAAUAUGAACAAUUACUAGAUACCAACUACAGAUCUUUUAAUGCUAAGAAAAGCAUGCUAUUACUAAAAAUUUUAAAGGUAGCUUUUUAAUAGCUUGUUUUAAAAAGCUCAGUCUAGACUAUCCAGUGAGAUUUGCUGAGUUAAAUAGGUGUUAAGCCAUGAGACAGUAGACUUAUGGCAUGCGAGAGCUUUCUCAGCAGACCUGAAAGUCUCCUUCCUGUUAUAAAAUAAACACAAAAUAUCGGAUUGUUUUUACUCACAAAUAAUUUGUUAUUUUUAGUGUGCUAUGAAAAAAAUUAAAAGACCCUAAGCAGGAGUUUAAAAGCAAUUUUUGAAAACUGAGCAACGUUCCUUCUCUAAUGUGGCUCAGAAAUUCACAAAAGAUGGUAAUUGAAAUAGUACACAAAGCCAGAGAGCUGCUGCUCCUUUAUUCUGAGACAAGCAGGAAGAGCACAGAGUGUAAGACAGCCUUAUUGAAGAGGCAGACGGGCUGGGGCUCCUGGCCCUCCCUCCCCACCAAGGCCAAGAGUUCACCUGGGGUAAUGUGUUUGCCUUGAGAGGUGAGGCCUUGAAUUGCAGCAAACAACCUCCAUGUAUUUGCAUAUUUAACUAGUACUCAGAAGGAUUAUACAGAAACCUGUUCUAUACAGCUGCUUACUCAUUGCCUUGAAAAUUGCAUGGCACUGAGAUAGGCCAAGGUCAACUGUUUGUUCCUUGCUGCUCUUUGACCCACUAGCCUCACAGUUUGCUGGGUGGCUUUUGAUACUGCCAAUUAAAUAGGAUGGAGGUGGGGCAGGAUUGUUUUAGAUGACCCCAGCUUCCCACCCAAAGACCCUGGGUUUAUUUGAGACCUGUGAUUCUAAUUCUGUAGUCAAUAGUCUGACCCCAACUGUGGCCCACAGGGAGUGAGUCAGUUGAAGCGGCCCGGUGACUCUAUGGGAACAGAAAGCAGUGUAGAGGGUUUGUCAGCCAAAUCCACAAACGUGUGGCUUUUUGAAACACUGGGACAUCUGUUCCUCUUAACUUAAAAUAAACUUUGUUUUUAGAAGCAGA